AUGAACGUUCCGAGCGCGCUCGUCUACCAGUUGGCGGUGCUGGCGCUCGCCGGCGUCGCCUCCGCCGGCUGCGGCACGCGGCGGCCCGCCUGGAAGCCCACCAGGCGGCCCAAAGUGGUCGGCGGGCAGGCGCCGCCGCCGGGCGCCGCGCCCUGGCAGGUGGACCUGCGGCUCGGCGACGGCAAGCACCACUGCGGCGGCGCCUUGAUCAGCGCCAGGCUGGUGUUGUCCGCCGCGCAUUGCUACAACGAUGGAUUGGUGGCGGUGGCUGGUGCUCAUGGUUUACCUGGUACUUCGCAAUUCGAGCAAAUCCUGAAGGUUGAGAAGUUCAUCCCUCAUCCAGAUUUCCGGAAAUUGGGAGCGUAUUCGCACGAUUUGGCUGUUCUUCUGGUGGCUUCUCCUGGAUUCGUUUUCAACGAAGUAGUCGAGCCGGCUUGCUUCUCCGAUUAUUCACCACCUUCGGGUACUUUAUGCGAAGUUUCCGGAUGGGGCGCCGUAGAUCCCAACGACAUCGACACCACCUCUCCCAUUCUGAAAAUUGCAGCCGUCCCCGUUCUAUCGUUGGACACCUGCAGGCGAGUAGUCGAAUCGCAGCAAAUACUCGACUCGAUGUUGUGCGCUGGUUACCUCGGAGGCGGCAUCGACGCCUGCAGCGGAGACUCCGGUGGACCGCUGGUGUGCGAAUGGAAAGGCAAGAUGGAGUUGGCUGGAAUUGUGUCCUGGGGGGAAGGUUGCGCGAAGAGGAACAAACCGGGAGUGUACACCAGGGUGUCCAGUUUCCUGCCUUGGAUCAAGGAAUGCGCCACUGAGCUAGAUGUAGCGCUUUGA